CGCGAGGCGGGUGGAGGUGGCGGCCCUGGCCUCGACCGGGGAGGAGUCGGCAGUGCUGCGGCCCGCGAGGCUGGGGAGUGAAUGAGCCGCUCGGGCUAGUCGCUUCCCCGCCCACUCUCUCCACUUUGUGCGGCGGGAGGCGGCGGCGGCGGCGGCGGCGGCAGGAUGUUCUCCAAGAAGCCGCACGGGGACGUGAAGAAGUCCACCCAGAAGGUGCUGGACACCAAGAAGGACGCGCUGACCCGCCUCAAGCACCUGCGCAUCGUCAUCGAGAAUGCAGAAUCUGUUGAUCUUAAACAAUUUUUUGACCAACAUUUUUCACAUAUAUACUAUGUGUUCUUUGAAAAUUUUGUGACCAUUGAAGCUAGUCUUAAACAGAAAGGUCACAAGUCUCAAAGGGAGGAAUUGGAUGCUAUACUUUUUAUUUUUGAGAAAAUAUUACAACUUCUUCCAGAAAGGAUUCAUCAGCGAUGGCAGUUUCAUAGUAUUGGAUUGAUUUUGAAGAAACUGCUUCAUACAGGAAACUCUUUAAAGAUUAGGCGAGAAGGUGUUCGUCUUUUCCUGCUGUGGUUGCAAGCUCUUCAGAAUAACUGCAGCAAAGAGCAGCUCUGGAUGUUCUCAUGCUUAAUUCCUGGAUUUUUAGCACCGCAGUCGGAACAUGGACCUCGAACUUUAGAUAAUCUCAUUAAUCCUCCACUCAACCUUCAAGAAACUCAAGUCACUAUAGAAGAAAUCACUCCUCUUGUUCCCCCACAAUCUGGAGAUAAAGGACAAGAAGAUCUCACAAGCUAUUUUCUUGAAGCACUUUUAAAAUAUAUAGUAAUUCAGGUGAAAAGUUUAGAAUGGAAGAACAAAGAAAACCAAGAAAGAGGAUUUUCAUUUCUGUUUUCACAUUUUAAAAAAUAUUACUUACCCUACAUUUUCCCAAAUAUCUGUAAGGAGAACAGUUUAUAUCAUCCUGUACUUGAUAUUCCGCAAAUGAGACCAAAGCCACAUUAUGUCAUGAUAAAGAAGGAUGCUGAAACCAAUGAAGCAAUCUAUUGUACAAAGGAACCUUUUAUUAAAGCUCGUGUUAUUGUCAUUCGUUGGCUUGUUUCUUUCUGGCUGGAGCCAAAACCACAUACAGGACCUCAUAUUCCUGGGAUGGAAGGUGAAGUCUUGCCAAAGAAUAUUCAGAGAGCAGCUGCCAGUUUGGUAUCCAGAGAAGAAAACAAAAAUGAUAACGCUGAUAAAACAGACAGAACUGCAGAACCAGAGCAGUCUCAUUCCAAUACAAGCACUCUCACAGAGCGAGAACCCAGCUCAUCCAGCCUCUGUAGUAUUGAUGAAGAGCAUCUCACAGAUAUUGAAAUAGUUCGCCGGGUUUUUUCAUCUAAAAGAAGUAAUGUAAACUUUGUCACAGAGAUAUUUCGUCAGGCAUUUUUAUUACCAAUUUGUGAAGCAGCGGCUAUGAGAAAAGUGGUAAAAGUAUAUCAAGAAUGGAUUCAGCAAGAGGAAAAACCUUUGUUCAUGCAAGAGCCUGAGGAAAUUGUAAUGACUUCUUCAGAUUUACCUUGCAUUGAAAAUGUUACUGAUCAUGAUAUUUCAGUGGAAGAAGAAAAACGAGAAGAGGAAAAUGGGACCAAUAUUGCUGAUCAUGUCCGAAAUUCCAGUUGGGCAAAAAAUGGCUCCUACCCAGAUGCUGUUCAUAAUGCCUCUGAAGAAGCCACAGAAGAAAACAUAAGAGCUGGUACCCAGGCAGUUUUGCAGGUGUUCAUUAUAAACUCAUCAAACAUAUUUCUCCUUGAACCUGCAAAUGAAAUAAAAAAUCUCCUGGAUGAGCACACAGAUAUGUGUAAACGUAUUCUUAACAUUUACCGGUACAUGGUUGUGCAGGUAUCAAUGGACAAAAAAACCUGGGAACAGAUGCUGCUUGUAUUGCUCAGAGUCACGGAAUCUGUACUGAAGAUGCCAUCACAAGCUUUUCUACAGUUCCAGGGGAAAAAAAAUAUGAACUUGGCAGGUCGACUUGCAGGACCACUUUUCCAGACUCUUAUAGUUGCCUGGAUCAAAGCAAAUCUAAACGUGUACAUCUCCCGAGAACUUUGGGAUGACUUAUUAUCGGUAUUGUCAUCACUGACCUAUUGGGAAGAGUUGGCCACUGAGUGGUCGCUGACUAUGGAGACACUAACUAAAGUUUUAGCUAGGAAUCUGUAUAGUUUGGAUCUCAGUGAUUUACCAUUGGAUAAACUGAGUGAACAAAAACAAAAAAAGCACAAGGGGAAAGGAGUUGGACAUGAAUUUCAGAAAGUUUCAGUUGACAAGUCAUUUUCCAGAGGAUGGAGUCGUGAUCAACCUGGCCAAGCCCCAAUGAGACAGAGAAGUGCAACAACCACUGGUUCCCCAGGAACUGAAAAGGCGAGGAGCAUAGUACGGCAGAAGACUGUUGAUAUUGAUGAUGCUCAGAUACUUCCCCGCUCAACUAGAGUCAGACAUUUUUCACAAAGCGAAGACACCGGUAAUGAAGUUUUUGGGGCCUUGAAUGAGGAGCAGCCAUUGCCUCGAAGUAGCAGCACUUCUGACAUCUUGGAACCAUUCACUGUUGAACGAGCCAAAGGUGCAGUGCCUGUCAUUGACAGUUCAUCCCGUCAUGCACCAAGCUUACAGAGUUCCACAGAGGCUUCUUCAAUAACUAGAUCCACUGAAAGCCACAUCACUGAUACUCAUAGUAGAGAGUCUUCUCUGGAAGUUGGUGAUAGCAUAUAUGACCAUCUUUGUCAUUUAAUAGGUCCAGUAGAACUUGCAGAUUCAGCUUUUGAACAAAUCCAGUACAUUGACCUUGAAGGAGAUGACGAUCUUCUUUCCUCUCUGAAAGAAUAUUUUAAGGAAAACCAGGAAAAUCAUAAUAAAAAUGAGAUAGGUAAAGAUGCAGCUUCUCAGGAAGUGAUUAUUGCAGCAAAUCAGGAUGAAAGGUCAUCCUUAGAUAAAUUAGAAUAUACAGAUCAGGAAAUUAAAUCUGAAAAUGUCACAUCUUUUGUUGGGACUCCUGAAAACAUGCAGUUUCAAAAAGAACCAAGCUCAGCUGUCUUCAUGAGUAAUAUUGCAUCUAACCAGUCAGACAGUUUUAUGAAAACACAAACUUCUGAGAAGUCUAAGCAGCUAAACAUUGAUAAGCAGUCGUCGGAGCCUAGUUCAGACAGCCCUUGUGAUAAAGAGAAAAGGAAAUACUUGCAUAGACAAGCAGCUACAGAAUUAGAUGCCUGUGUAGAUACAACACUAGUUGAGAAGCUUAAGGAUGUGCAAAUUAAUGAAAAAAUCACUCUCCCCCAUGUGCAUGCCAAGAAAACUACACUAAAAGCACCUGUUAACCGCAGAAUGCCUCAUGUUUCAAACACUAGCAAGCUUUCUCCAACUAAAAGAAGCUUGUCUGAAACAGUAACUCACAGGGCAAAAAUCAUGAAAAUUGCUACUAAAAAGCGAAAUAGUGUUCAUGUUACUUUUAGACCAUCUACUGAGUCAGUUCAGUUUUACAAUCCUCUGGAAAGCAAAGAGGCUCCAUGGAAGAUGAGACUGCGGAAACUCAGUGGCUUUAGCAGCAGCAGCAGUAGCAGUACCAGCAACAUCCCUGCCAGUUCGAAUGCUGGCUCCGAUCUAGUAAAACCUGGCAUGUACAGGCCUCUAGAUACAAUUAGCACAGCACCAGUAAGUACUAAAACAAUGAAGGAAUCCACAGAGAUUCCCACCACUGUAUUACAGAAAGAAGAAAUGGCAAGUAGUCAGUCAGGUAGUCGUAGUACUCCUAGACCAUCAGCUCAUGAGGCAGGACUACAGCAGGGCUCCCUGGGUGGCGUUUAUAAAACUGUUGUACAUGCUCUUUCGAAGCCGAAGGCAAAUGUUUCCCCACAGAGGCAGAACAGAAUGCCACCAGAGGCUCCACUGAGGGAUCUGUACAGUCAUGUAAUGGGCUAUUUUGGAAGGAAAGCUGCAGUCAAUAAAGAGGACAUGAGCCCCAAACUGCCUCCCCUUAAUAGUGAUAUUGGCAGCAACAGUGCUAAUGUUCCUGAUCUGAUGGAUGAGUUUAUAGCAGAACGACUUCGAAGUGGUACUGCCUCGAUCAUGACAAGAAGAGGAAGUAGUCCCGGCAGCCUCGAAAUCCCCAAAGACCUCCCGGAUGUUCUGAACAAGCAGACCCAGAUGCGCCCCGUUGAUGACCCUGGCGUGCCCUCGGAGUGGACGUCUCCUGCCAGUGCUGGCAGCAGCGACCUCAUCAGCUCCGACAGUCACUCGGAUUCUUUCAGCGCUUUCCAGUACGAUGGCCGCAAAUUUGACAAUUUUGGCUUUGGAGCUGACACUGGGAUUGCAUCCUCUACUGAUGUGGAUUCAGGUUCUGGCCACCUUCAGAGUGCUGAAGAACAAGAAGUGGCUAGCCUAACCACACUUCAUAUAGAUUCUGAAACAAAUAGCCUUAAUCAGCAAGCUUUCUCUGCUGAAGUUGCAACUGUUACUGGUUCAGAAAGUGCAUCCCCAGUCCACUCAGCUCUGGGAUCCAGGUCGCAGACACCUUCUCCUUCCACACUGAAUAUAGACCACAUGGAACAGAAGGAUCUACAGCUUGAUGAGAAGCUCCACCACUCUGUUCUUCAGACACCAGAUGACCUAGAAAUUAGUGAAUUUCCAUCUGAAUGUUGUAGUGUGAUGGCAGGGGGCACACUCACCGGAUGGCAUGCUGACGUUGCUACUGUCAUGUGGCGAAGAAUGCUAGGCAUUUUGGGAGAUGUCAAUGCCAUUAUGGAUCCUGAAAUACAUGCUCAAGUGUUUGAUUACCUCUGUGAACUUUGGCAGAAUCUGGCUAAGAUUAGAGAUAACCUCGGCAUUUCAACCGAUAACCUGACCUCCCCUUCUCCACCAGUUUUGAUUCCUCCACUGAGAAUUCUUACCCCUUGGCUUUUUAAGGCAACUAUGUUGACUGAUAAAUAUAAGCAAGGUAAACUACAUGCUUAUAAGCUUAUUUGUAAUACAAUGAAAAGAAGACAAGAUGUAUCUCCAAAUAGAGAUUUUCUGACACAUUUCUACAAUAUAAUGCAUUGCGGAUUACUUCAUAUCGAUCAGGAUAUUGUCAAUACAAUCAUCAAGCACUGCUCACCUCAAUUUUUUUCACUUGGUUUGCCUGGUGCCACAAUGCUUAUUAUGGAUUUUAUUGUAGCAGCUGGUAGGGUGGCUUCUUCAGCUUUUCUCAAUGCACCAAGAGUGGAAGCACAAGUUCUUCUGGGAUCUUUGGUUUGCUUUCCCAACUUAUAUUGUGAACUGCCUGCUCUCCAUCCCAACAUUCCUGAUAUUGCUGUGUCUCAGUUUACAGAUGUUAAGGAACUUACAGUCAAAACUGUGUUAAGCUCAGCAAGAGAUGAGCCCUCUGGUCCUGCACGAUGUGUAGCUCUUUGCAGUUUAGGUAUUUGGAUUUGUGAAGAACUAGUCCAUGAGUCUCAUCAUCCACAAAUUAAGGAAGCCCUGAAUGUAAUUUGUGUUUCCUUAAAGUUUACUAAUAAAACAGUAGCCCAUGUGGCUUGUAACAUGCUUCAUAUGUUGGUUCAUUAUGUACCUAGACUUCAGAUUUAUCAGCCUGAUUCUCCCUUGAAAAUUAUUCAAAUCCUAAUAGCUACUAUCACGCAUCUGUUGCCAAGUACCGAAGCUUCGUCUUAUGAAAUGGACAAGAGGUUGGUGGUAUCCUUACUUCUGUGCCUCCUGGACUGGAUCAUGGCCUUACCUCUAAAGACACUACUGCAGCCUGUCCACACAGCAGGAACAGAAAAUGAUAAAACAGAAAAAUCUGUCCUCAAUUGCAUUUAUAAGGUUUUACAUGGGUGUGUUUAUGGAGCUCAAUGUUUUAGCAAUCCAAAAUAUUUUCCAAUAAGCCUGUCUGAUUUGGCAUCUGUAGAUUAUGAUCCUUUUAUGCAUUUGGAGAGUCUGAAAGAGCCUGAACCUCUACACUCUCCUGAUUCAGAGCGGUCUUCUAAACUCCAGCCAGUAACAGAAGUGAAAACUCAAAUGCAACAAGGAUUAAUCUCUAUAGCAGCUCGCACUGUUAUUACGCAUCUGGUGAAUCACUUGGGCCAUUAUCCAAUGAGUGGUGGUCCUGCUAUGUUAACAAGUCAGGUGUGUGAAAAUCACGACAAUCAUUACAGUGAAAGUACUGAACUGUCUCCUGAACUUUUUGAGAGUCCAAACAUUCAGUUCUUUGUAUUAAACAAUACAACUUUAGUAUCCUGUAUCCAGAUCAGAUCAGAAGAGAGUAUGCCUGGAGGGGGUUUAUCUGCUGGCCUCGCAUCGGCCAACUCAAAUGUCAGAAUCAUAGUACGUGAUCUCUCUGGAAAAUAUUCGUGGGAUUCUGCUAUACUGUAUGGCCCACCUCCUGUAAGUGGCUUGUCAGAACCUACAUCUUUUGUACUUUCAUUGUCUCACCAAGAGAAGCCUGAAGAGCCUCCUGCAUCUAAUGAAUGCUUAGAAGACGUAACAGUAAAAGAUGAACUUUCUGUCCAGUUUAAACGAUUUAGAGAAACUGUCCCAACUUGGGAUACAAUAAGAGAUGAAGAAGAUGUUCUUGAUGAGCUUUUGCAGUAUUUAGGUGUUACUAGUCCUGAAUGCUUACAGAGAACUGGAAUCUCACUUAAUAUUCCUGCUCCACAACCUGUAUGCAUUUCUGAAAAACAGGAAAAUGAUGUAAUUAAUGCCAUCCUUAAGCAACAUACAGAGGAAAAAGAAUUUGUUGAGAAGCACUUUAAUGAUUUAAACAUGAAAGCCAUGGAACAAGAUGAACCAAUACCUCAAAAACCUCAGUCAGCAUUUUAUUACUGCCGAUUGCUUCUUAGUAUACUGGGAAUGAAUUCCUGGGACAAACGGAGGAGCUUUCAUCUCCUGAAGAAAAAUGAAAAGCUACUUAGAGAACUUAGAAACCUGGAUUCAAGGCAGUGCAGAGAGACACACAAAAUUGCAGUAUUUUAUGUUGCUGAAGGACAAGAAGACAAACACUCCAUUCUUACCAAUACAGGAGGAAGUCAAGCAUAUGAAGAUUUUGUAGCUGGUCUUGGUUGGGAGGUAAAUCUAACAAACCAUUGUGGUUUUAUGGGAGGACUACAAAAAAACAAAAGCACUGGAUUGACCACUCCGUAUUUUGCUACCUCUACAGUAGAAGUAAUAUUUCAUGUAUCAACAAGAAUGCCUUCUGAUUCUGAUGACUCUUUAACCAAAAAAUUGAGACAUUUAGGAAAUGAUGAAGUACAUAUUGUUUGGUCAGAGCAUACUAGAGACUACAGACGAGGGAUUAUUCCUACAGAAUUUGGCGAUGUCCUUAUUGUAAUAUAUCCAAUGAAAAAUCACAUGUUCAGUAUCCAGAUCAUGAAAAAACCAGAGGUUCCCUUCUUUGGUCCACUUUUUGAUGGUGCUAUUGUGAAUGGAAAGGUUCUACCCAUUAUGGUUCGAGCAACAGCUAUAAAUGCAAGCCGCGCUCUGAAAUCGCUGAUUCCGUUGUAUCAAAACUUCUAUGAGGAGCGGGCGCGAUACCUGCAGACAAUUGUCCAGCACCAUUUAGAACCAACAACAUUUGAAGAUUUUGCAGCACAGGUUUUUUCUCCAGCUCCCUACCAUCACUUACCAUCUGAUACUGAUCAUUAAAUAUCAGUUCUGUUUAUCUGAAGGCUCCUACCCAGAGAUUCUACCCAGUGAAACUCCCACAGCCACGCAGGUAGACGGGGCUGACCUGGCCUCGCCAAUGUCUCCUCGAACUAGCAAAAGCCGCAUGUCCAUGAAGCUGCGUCGUUCCUCCGGCUCAGCCAAUAAAUCCUAAGGAGACAGCAGCCCAGGAGUGACCAGCAGUAGUAGCCACCUUAGCACGAACACAGUGUUAACCCUCUCAGGCCCUCGUGUCUGCCAUAGCACGCAUGCUCCUUCCUGUACAUUUGAGAAAACACUGGAUUUAAAUAAUUUGUAACUUAAUAUUUUAAUGUGGAUUAUUUAUUUUUGUUUCCCCCCACACUCCAAGCUGCCAUAUUUUGAUGGUGUGGAGUUUUAUUCUACAUUCUUUACCUUCCUAGAUAAUUAUGUGUCAGUAGUUUUACCUUAACUUCAUGAUAAACUUUGAGUUAAAAUAUAAUUGGACAGUAGUCUAUUUAUUGUUUCCCAUUGCAACUUUGUCUCAAUAAAUAUAUCAAUUUUGUUUUUACAAAUGUAAGGUUUUAAGUUUAAGCAUUUGUAAAGUUAUGGCAAAAGUUACAAAUCUGUUAAUACACAGAAUGUGUACAGAUUAUUUAUGUUAUGAGAAUAAAACACUCAAAGUAAAUGGACUUUUAGCAUCUCGAAUUCCUUGGAAAUAAUUUUAGCAUUAACAAUUUCCUCCCAAGGCAGUGUCUCAUUUGUUGGCUGAGCAGCUAAUGUUGUGACAUACCCAUUAACAGAACAAUCACUGUGCUGAACUUUGAUUUAUGUUUAGCUUCCGGAUAUUUUUCUAAUAUUUUGCUUUUUUAAGUGGUAUCAUUGUUAAAUGCCAUUUCUGUUUGGAGAUCGUGACCCUUUAUUACGGACUGCUGGGUCCUGGUGUACCUGUAUUAUCAUAAAGUACCAAACAGCAGAGAGGGAGGGAAGAAGGAAAAAACUUUGCUGAAACAAAUUGCUCAAAUUAUGUGUAUUUAGAAAAAGAAAAAGAAAAGGGAACCUGACCCAGGAGUGUAAGGUAAACCUGAUGGUGUUAAAACAGAACUUGCAGGUGCAAGUUGUCCACAUUCCACCCUCCAGAAAUAUUUUCCUAUAGUGGAUAAGCUGCUCACGUUUCAUUUUGAAUGGGCAUCUCCUAAGGAAACGUAUGUAGCAUGACAUGGGUACUAACUGCAUGUGUAAAUACAUCAUACUGGCAACCGUAAAAUAUAAAUUAUGUAUCAUCACUCGUGUAGUAUCUACAAAUUUGUAACAGUGGGGAAAAGAUGACAUGGUAUUUAAUAAUACAAUAAAAAUAUUCUUAUCAC